AUGAAGACUGACUUGGUGGAAAUCUCAGGCCAAAAGGAAGAGGCUGGCAAGGAGAAGGAGGUGCAUGACAUAGAGGCAUUAAACAAGCGAGGCAACCUGGAAUCCAACAGGGAGGAUGGCAGAGCCACUCUCAUCCUGACCCUCACCCUCUGCAAUGUGAGGAAGACUGAGCUCUCUAAGGCAGCCAAAGUCUUUGAGAUGUUUCAAACUCAGAUCUGUCACUUCGAAACCAGACGAGCCAGAAAGCCCAAGAACUCUGCUGAUGAUCUUGACAUUUUUGUUGAAUGUGAAAUUCACAGUGCUGAUGUUAGCCUCCUUCUCACCUCCUUAAGGAGAGUAGCAGAAGAUGUGAACGCUAGCAGACAAGAAAAAGUGCCUUGGUUCCCCAAAAAAAUCCAAGAUCUGGACAAAUGUCACCAUCUGAUCACUAAGUACGAUGCCAAUUUGGACCAUGGUCACCCUGGAUACGCUGACCUGGAGUAUAAGAAAAGGAGGGAAUUCUUUGCUGACCUUGCCUUUAAUUACAGAUCAGGAGACCCUUUGCCUGGCAUCGAGUACACAGAGCAGGAAACCGCAACUUGGAGAGAAGUCUACAGGAAGCUGAGCAGCCUUUACCCUACCCAUGCCUGUUCACAGUACCUGGAUGCUUUCCAGCAGCUGGAGAAAUACUGUGGCUACCAAGAGGAUAACAUACCUCAACUUCAGGACGUCUCCAGAUUUUUAAAAGAAAGAACAGGUUUCCAGCUGAGACCAGCUGCGGGACUGCUGUCUCCUCGUGACUUUCUUGCCAGUCUGGCAUUUCGUGUCUUCCAGAGCACACAGUAUAUAAGGCAUUUCUCUUCUCCUAUGUAUUCCCCGGAACCAGACUGCUGCCAUGAGUUGUUGGGUCAUGUUCCCAUGCUAGCUGACAAGCAGUUCGCCCAGUUCUCACAGGAUAUUGGACUGGCUUCUCUUGGAUCAUCUGAAGCGGAGAUUGAGAAACUGGCCACACUUUAUUGGUUCACUGUGGAGUUUGGUCUCUGCAAGCAAAAUGGAUCGAUCAAAGCUUAUGGUGCAGGACUCCUUUCAUCUUAUGGGGAGCUUAUGUAUGCUUUAUCAAACAAGCCAGAGUACAAGCCUUUUGAUCCAGAAGUGACUGCAGUUCACCCCUAUCAGGAUCAAGCCUUCCAGCCUGUCUAUUUCAUAGCAGAAAAUCUAGAGGAUGCCAAGGCUAAACUUCAAAACUAUAUGAUGAAGAUCAAGAAGCCUUUUUCUCUGCACUACGACCCCUAUACCAGCAGCAUAGAGGUCAUGAACACACCUCAGAAAGUCAAGAGGGUACUCCGUCAAACUCAAGAGGAACUGAAAAAUUUCUGCUUGACCCUAGAAAACCUUUCUUAAAACUAAAGCAGUACACCUCACAUGGCACUGAGACACUUGUAAACAAUUCCAGUGCUUGAAGAUUCAGUAGUGAAGUUGUAGUUGCAUGUGAAAAUUAUUAACCCACAAAACAGCUCUGUCAAGCUUAUCUUUUCAAUGCAAUUUAGGCUGCUUACUUAGCCACUCUAAUGAGUCCCUGUUGAGUAUGUUUCAAUGACAAACAAGACCAAAUUACUUCUAUCUUUAGUAGGUGAUAUUGGCUACAACCUUUUGGAAUAUAUUUAUCUGUUAUUAUUGGACUCUUACAUGUUCUUUUUUAUUCACCUGCCACCUUUUCAAUUUAUCUGUCCAAAAUUGCACAGUAACGCUUCAGCUACACAGUCUUUUACUUGCAGCUUAAAUGACAUGAUCGCAAUCCUUUAGGUUGGCUAGCUGUCUACAGUUAGCAGUCCUUACAACUAGCUCGUUUCUGCUAGUAAUUACUAUCAGCUAUUGUGCUCACAAACUAUGAAUGGCUCUCCUGCAGUGUGUGAAGGAAAGAGUUUGUGAGAGGAACCCUUUAUUUCUGCUCACUAUUUAUUUUUUAGAUCUUCAUCUCAUUCAGUAGCCUUCAAAUAUCGCAAAAUAAUUGUCAUAUUUGAGAUCACAGAAUAAUUGUCCCUUGGAUAAAAAAAAAAAAAUAAAUAGAGAGGCUGGUUCAGGAAUACAGGAUGAGGCAUGUGCUUAGAAGGGUUGCCUCUCCUCUUAGCAGCAGCACAAGCAGAUGGAGUCAAGGCAGUUUACAGGCACGGCGUAAGAAAGGGCAAUGUGGAUCUUGUGGCUCAAGCUGGGUAGUGGUGCUCCUAUGCAGCUUAGCAGCUCUACUUAUUUUUUCAAAAACAUAUUUAGCAUGUGGCAGGCAGCAAGCCUGUCCACUACUAUCCACUGACAGCCAAUGUACAUGAUCUGAACUCUGAGGUAAAUGUGAGGUGGUUUGGGAUGCAAGAGUCAUCAUCUCUGCCUUAGCUGGUCACUGUGGAAUAGAAGCAUGUACACAGAAUGUCACAACGGAACAGUUCGCAUGAUGUUACUUCAUAUAGAGGUUAUCUCACUGUAAUUUGUCCAUGUGCCAGGCUCUAAAGAAACUCUCUUACUGAAAGUUAACGGGAUUUGAUGCGUUUAAUCUUUGUGUCUAUAGGCACUUCAAAAAAUUUUCCCAUGUAAUAGUAAUAGAGUAUACAAAAUAUGUG